AUGGAGUGCCCUCAUCUCGGCUGCAGUGUGGGCUCAUUACCGCUGGACUCCGGUGCCUUCCCCCGGGGCUCCCCGUCCUCCUGGAGCUGCGAAGAGUGUAAAUCUGACCAAAGCUCUUGGAUCUGUCUAACCUGUCUGCGAGUGCACUGUGGAAGAUAUGUGAGUGGACACGCACUAAAGCACUUUGAGGACCACAAAGGGGACUCUCACUGCGUCUGCAUGGACUGCUCCAACUUUAGCAUUUUCUGUUACAGAUGCGACGAGUUCGUGGUCAAUGACACAGAACUCGGAAAAGUCCAGAAGAUUAGAGAACAUUUGCAGAAUUCAGAAAAUGCAGGAAGUGGAUCCGACGGUGAGAGAAAACGAAAAACUCAAGACGAUGUUGGUCCAGACAACAAAGUACUUAAAGCUAAUGAAGGAGGCACUUUAGCAGCGACAGGUUUGAGGAACCUCGGGAACACUUGCUUCAUGAAUGCGAUCCUACAGUCCCUCAGUAACGUGGAGCAGUUUUCUUGUUACUUCAAGGCUCUUCCAGCAGCUGCACAGCUGGGGGGGAAAGCAGCAGGACGCAUGUACCACACCCGCAGACAGGGGGACACCAACGUAAACCUGGUGGAGGAGGUGAGGAAGACGCUGUGCUCUCUGUGGCAGGGGAACCAGAGCGCCUUCAGCCCAGACUCUCUGUUCUACACCAUCUGGAAGCUCAUGCCCAGCUUCAGGGGCUUCCAGCAGCAGGACGCCCAUGAGUUCAUGCGGUACCUCCUGGAUCACCUCCACAGGGAGCUGCAGAGCGGGAGGAACGGGGAGGUGCCAGAGUCUGAGCAGGAGGAGGCGUCAGGAGACAAGGAGCUGGAUGGAAAUGCCAGUGUUGUCACCAGUGUGUUUGGGGGAGUUCUCCAGAACGAAGUCAACUGUUUAAUCUGUGGAACUGAAUCUCGCAAGUUUGACCCUUUUCUGGAUCUGUCUCUGGAUAUUCCACGUCAGUUCAGGCAGAAGAAGAGUAAGGACCAGGAGCCGGGGCCCACCUGCACUUUGCACGAUUGUUUACAGAGUUUUACUGAUUUAGAAGAACUGGAUGAAACUGAACUUUAUUAUUGUCUCAAAUGCAAAAAACGACAAAAAUCCACAAAGAAAUUCUGGAUCAAGAAACUGCCGAAGGUCCUGUGUCUACACCUGAAGCGGUUCCACUGGACGACCUUCAUGAGGAACAAAGUGGACACGUUUGUGGAGUUCCCCAUGAGGAGCUUGGACAUGACCCGAUACCUGCUGGAGCCCGAGACCGCGGCCCCCGAGACCGCGGCCCCCGAGACCACGGCCCCCGAGCGCUGCCUGUAUGACCUGGCAGCCAUCGCAGUGCACCACGGAUCAGGAGUGGGCUCGGGUCACUACACGGCGUACGGCUGCCACGAAGGUCGCUGGUACCACUUCAACGACAGCACCGUGACGCUGACCGACGAGGAGGCCGUGACCAAAGCCAAGGCCUACAUCCUGUUCUACACCGAGACGCCGCGGGGCUCCCAGGACCCCACAGGGAGGGGGGCCGCCACAGCCGCCCCGGGACAGACGCACGCCGACACCCUCUGCUCCUCGGGUCGCACCGAACCCUCGCUGCCCUGUGUAUGA